AUGAAAAAUGCAAAUCAGAAACGCAUCGACAUUUUGGAACACUUAGCACAGGUUAGAAGUGUCGUAGAGAGCCUUUUGCAAAGGGAAGAAGCGAGGGACGAACAGUACGUUAAGCAUACAAUCUGCUACUUCUAUUUUAACCAUAUCCUUACGUACGCCCGAAUUAACGAUGAGUCCAUAGAAGCACUACAGAUGAACAGAUUGAGUCUGUUCCUAACAGCCACCCAAAAAUUAAAAGUCCUAUCGGAGGCGAUACUCUACAUACUUAAAAGGAACUUUUUAUCCUAUGAUGCAAUAAUUUUGGGGAGCAAAAUUACACAGUUUGAAAAAUACGAAGAGGAAAAUUGCAUCUUGCGUAACUACCUAGCAAAUGCAAAUAAAAAUAAAUUUCCCCAGUUUGACAAGCUGAAGAUUUUAAACGAACAGAUGUUACCCUUUCUGGUUUUACUAAGUUGUAGCACCUAUAACAAAUCAGAAAAUCUGCAAAUCGUUUGGACCAUAAUUGUAUACAUAAUAUACACCUUUUUGCAAAAGUACAACAUAAAAAAUGAGAACCUGAAAAAUGACGGUUUAUACGUGUACAUCCAUGAUAGGUAUGAAAUGGAUGGUGAUCUGCUCAGCGUCAAUAAGGUUACCAGUAUGGUCGUGGGGUUUUACCUAACGUUGCUAAAUUUGGGGAAGAAGGAGUUUUCCAGGGUUAUGUCUUCUCAUGGCAAGGACAUCUCCGAGGGGAGAUCCAACCUUCCAAGAGAAAUGCGCUUCUCCAUUGUAGACAGGGAAUAUUUGGCAUACGAUCCACAGAAGUAUAAAAAAAAUAAAAUAAAUUUUCUAUUCGAAACAAUUUGCCUGGGAUUAAUUUUAAUUUUACAAAACCAACAUUGUGCGAAUUAUCUUACCUUCCUCACUUUAGAUUUACUUGCAUUAGUUGCUAAGUACUAUCCGUCGUUUAUCCAAAAAUACAGCAAAGAAGUUAUAGAUCUAUUUUGCACAUUUUUUUUAAACGCAAAAAUGUUUUUUUUUUUUAAAUUCAAACUGGACGCCAUAUUUUACCAUAAUGAGGAACUGCUAACCCUGGAGAUAUACUCCCGAACUGUGAGCUGUAUCUUGCAGCAAAUGGAUGAAAGGAGUGACAAUAUUGGAGACUUAUGCUUGAUGUUAUUAUUUUUAAUUCAUUAUAUGAAAUUAUUUUUGUACGAACCGCUCAAGAUUACUCCACCGUUCGUUUUGCUUAUCCGGUCCACUUUGAACUGCCUCAAUGCUUACUUCUCUCAUUUUGUAAAACUGUGGAAUUUCAGAACCCUCAUUUGUGGCUUUUUCGAUAGGGUAUUCCGUGAGUACAUCGACUUGUAUGUUCUCUUGGUUAACGCGGCGAUUGUGUCGGAACAGCCCCUUGGAGAAGGUUGUCCCGAAAUGAAUGACAAGGCAGACGAUCCGCGUGACAGAGACUUCUUCAUCCGAUUCCUCACCGAACAGAUAAAAAAGCAGCCACACAUUUGCUGGGACGACGAAGGGGUAGAUAAUUGUGAGAAAAAGGAAGAGCUAAAAGAUGUGCACACAGUGGACGAAUUAGAAAGGGUUAUAAGAAGUAUGCUACACGGGACGCUGAAGCGACAGAACAGCCAAGACGAUCUAGCGAAGGAGACCCAUCCGCGUGGAAGCGCGAAUGAUGAACCUUUUGGGGGAAGUCAACAGGAAUGGAGAAAUCCAUACGGGCUUCUAAUCGCCCAAGAUGGAAGACCCCCCGGAAAAGGAGACAAAAAUCUGCUCCGAAACUUCGUGCACGUAGUUGUCACAUGUGUCUACCAUGUGGAGGACAAGAAAAGGGCAAUCGAAAUAGUGCUUAGCAAUUUUAUGAAAAUAAAAAGAGAGCGAAAGAAAUUUGCAAAAUUUUAUUUUAUUACGAUUAUAUUAUCCUUCCGAAGCUUCAUUCAAGACAGUUAUAUAAAAAAAAGGCUCUUCUUUAUCUACACUUUUGCCAUAAGGACGUUAAAAAAUGAAGAAAUAAAAAAUACAUAUACAUUGCUGGAUGGCAUCAAAUAUUCCUCCUUUUUAUUUCAUUACAUGAAGAGCACACAAAGAUACGUUGAUGUUGUUUUUUUUCGAAAAUUUUUGAAGGAUAAUCGGUUGAAAUUACAUUUUUGCAAGUUCUUCAAAAAUGAGGUGGACUAUUUUUUCCUUCUUUUAAAUUCAUGCCAGAUGGAAAAAUUCACCUUUCCGUUACUAAUUUUUAAUAUUUUCAUUUUUUAUCAAAUCUCGAGAAAAAAUGUUUUGCACCCUGCUUGGCAUGAGAAGACGGGGGCGAAACGACUCUUCUGUUACUACAAUUGGGCCAACUUGGUGAAGCUCUUUUUGUACCUUUUUCCCAUUUGGAAUUAUAUUUCCCCAACGCACAUGCUCAAAAAGGGCUCUCCCUUUAGAGAAAAUCGUAACUUCGAACUGGGAAUCCUCCAACUCGUAGGGCAGCUAUUUCGAAAAAACAACUUUGCUGAUUUUUUUUAUAACCUCUUUACAGACUCAUACUAUUUUAUGAAGCUUAGAAAGACUCUCUUUUUUUUUCCCGUCUUCUUUGACACCUUCGAUGUGGAGUUGUACUUUUCGCUUCUCCGGAGGAUCCUCGAGCAGCCAACACUGUUGCUCUGUGCGGUGGGGGAGAUACAAUCAGAAGGAGGGGUUCUAUGGAAAAACGCACAAAGUGAUGUAAAUGACACAAAGGUGAAACAAAAACGGAGUGUACAAAACGCCAAGAAAAGGAUACUCAUCUAUGCAAUUAACGAGUUGUUGGAGGAGGAAGUUCCCCUGCGUUUGCUUCGAAGGAAGUAUCUCCAAGUGUUCGCACAUGAGAAUGAAAAACUCAGUCUAACGAAGCAUUACCAAAAAGUGAAAAUUGACUUGGCCAUUUUGUCUCUGCUAAAAGAAGGGGUACUUCACAAAAGGGUAGAAAGGGAACAAAAACGAAAUAUAAGCGUGAAUGAUUUUUUUGUCUACUUCAUACUGGAUAAGAAUACGUAUGUGUUUAGAAGCCUGAUGUCUAAAUCCUCCAUCCGGUCGUAUAAGGCCAUAUAUUUUUAUAAACGGUGCCUCUCCUAUUUUAGAGUGAACUUUGAGGACAUGGCAAGGUGUGCGCGGCGCAGUGGGGAAAUUCAAGGAGAGACGGUUCGCAAAGGGAAGGGAGAAACGAAUCGAGAAGCGAAUCGAGAAGCAAAUCGAGCAUCGGAGCGAGACUUCAUUUCCCAGUUGGAGUGGCUCGUCCGGAACUCUGGUGGGGAACUCUCUCGCGGGGGAGUUCCGCAGGGUGAGGGGGACGAUCAAGAUGGUGUAGACGAUGCAGAAGAAGGAACCGUUUCCCCCAGCAGGAUGAAAAAUAACCAUGUGGAACGACCGUCAGAAAGAAGCGAACGCACACGUUUCAACAUAUAUAACGUGAUUCUCCUCUUUGUAGGAUACCACCUAACGUCGAAUUUUAUGAAGUAUAAAUUGCUGAACAGAAAGGAGACAUUCCUGAUGCUAGAAAAUUUACUGAAGACCUUUCUAAAGAAACUGAGAGAAUGUAAGAACGUGAGGGAGCAAAGAUGCUUCCUAAAAAACGUGCAAUAUAUUUUGGACAUUUUAUAUAUUGUGGACUCUUACCAAGUGAAGCUCACCAAUCGGUUGACCACCGUAGUAAGGUAUGAAAGUGGUCAUGCAUAUUAUUUGGGUACACACUCAGUGAUUCAUUAUGAGGAUGAAGCGACUUUUAAAAAAAACGAUUUGGAUCAGUUCACCUCGAAAAAUUUAGAAUAUUUUUAUCGAACCUAUACGGAUAUAUAUAAUAGCUGGAAGAGAUUAACGGUAUACAAAAUGAUAAUGUCGGAGGAUUCAUUUUUUUAUGUCAAUGCAUCCGUCUUUGUUGCGAUUUAUGAGGAGAAUAAAAAGGUGUUGACUCGAAUUGGCCAGUGUAUAUACUUCGCUACCGAUGAAGAGAUGAACGUGAAGGACCCACAAGAAGGAGUGACAAAAAUGAGGAAGUAUCUCUCAAUUUGCAAUUGGUACUUUUUUAAAGGAAUCAUUUAUGUAUACAUGCAAAGCACCAUCUUCGUCAGCAACCCGAAACACAUAUUUAUUUUUUUAGAAAAUGUCACUUCAGUGGAAGAACAUUUCCUAAGUGGACAGGUGAAGAAUUAUUUACUCAGCUUGUACUUUAUGAAAAGGAAGGACCUGCAUUUGUGUAGAGUCUUUGCCAGGAGUGUUCUGUUCGAUUUGGAGAAAAUCGCCCAUCCCAGUUAUGCAAAGGGAGCACUCGCAAAAGGGGAAAGCGGGUCGAGAGAGGUAAAGAGGCGAAACGGGGAAGAGGCGAAGCGAAAUGGGGACGAACACGCACCCUACGCACUGAACCCAUACGACGACCUGAUAAGCCUCUAUUUUCUCAAUUUAGCCUUUUGCACCGACAAGAAGCAGUGGAAGAAGCUGACUAGCCGUCUAGGGCUACACAUUUGUGCGUAUAAUAAUUACACAAAUCAGAAGAACCCCUUUUUGAGUUUGCUCAUUAACUGUUAUGAGCAGAACCUAUCGUUGGUUCGUUUUCCCAUGGGGACAGAAGAGUCCAACAGUGUGGACAUCACAGCCACAAAGGGUAGCUCCACCUGUGAUAGGCAGCCACACGAGGAGGAGGAGAAACAAAUUCCCCCGUUCAGCAGCUGGAUAAUGAAGAAUCCUCUCCCCAUAUUCAGACAUGUGCACAAAAAUAAAUUCAUUUUGAAACAAAAACAGUCCAAAUGGAUGCCUACAUCAGAAUUCUGGCUCUACCAAUUUGCGAACUGUUUGAAGGAAAGCUCAUUUCACAGUUAUCACUUUUACAAAAGAUGCAGCCUCUUCUGCUCGUACACAAAUUACACCCGAAAGGUGGAAAAUUCCGUCCUCAGAAAUGGGCUCAAAUGCACCAAGGUGAAAAGUGCAUGUGGAGGAAGAAGCAUCCUAAAAGUAGGCAAUUACUCUACUACAUGUGAAUAUGUAAAAGCUCACAAAGGAAGAAACCUGCAUGGAGAUUAUAUUAAUAUAAAAAAUGAUCUCGCGUUUAAUCUGAUAAGCAGGUUAGUAGACAGACGGAAAGGAAGAGACGACCCCUUCGCUCUGUACCUACUGCUCAGAAAUCAUAGGGAUUAUAAAAAGUACAUGCAGAAAUACACCUUUUUAUUUUCCGACACCAAUGAUGGAGACCUCCCCAUGGAUGACAAUUAUCACUACAGAGUAGUACCUAACGAAUUAGUGAACAAAUCGCUAUUUCGCUCCAUCUUUAAAAUGCGGAGCAGCUUUGUAGGCGGGAUGCCAAACAAGGUAUUAUGUUUUAACUUCCCCCAAAUGAACAGAAAUUAUAAAAAUUAUAUCGUGAGAAUGCUGAGAAAAGAAAAGAUGGACAAUGGCUACGGUGUAGAAGGAGACACUUGGGGGAACUACAGGGGAGGUUCCCUUCAUCGUUACGAUGCCAUUUUUGUGAAGCGCCUCUACUGCGAACAACUGCAUGAGCAGUUCGCCAUGUUGAAUGAAAUGAACAGCAGGAGAGAGACAUACACGAGGUACGCGAACUGGGUUGGCAAUUGCAAAAGCGACUUAUUUUUGCUGAAACUGUUUUACGAGCUGAGUAUCGAGGGAACGAGGGCGCAAGGAAAGGAGAAAGAAGGUCACUUGGAAAACAAGCCAGGUGGAUACGAAACAGCAGAGCGACACGGAACGGGUGUGGAACCCCCUCUAGGGGAAGCACACCCAAAUGUGGAUAUCCUUCAUAUGAUGAACCUAAAAAUGAUAAAAAAAAUAAUUAUCCAAUUCAGCAACUGCAAGGAGAGAUUUUACAGCUGGGAUUUUAUCACGUCGUACAUUCGAAGCAAAGAGCAACUAAGUGACAAAUGUGUAGAUAUCAUUUUGAAUCAUUUACAAUUUUUGCAGUUCGUAAGAACGCUAUUUAUGUAUAACUCUGUCGAGGGGAUGAUCCACUCGUUCACCUCCUCGUCGUUCAGUCAUAUCACUGUUGAGCGAAGUGGAGACACUUCCAUCUCAGUACACACCAACUUGGAAGAAAAAAACAAGCUGCUUACACUUUUUAAAAAUUUAUUUUUUUUUUACCGCGAAAAGGACAUUUUGAAGGGGAUGAUUCUUGCCAGUAACAAAUCAGAGCUGGGAGAUGGGGGGUACCUCUCUCCGGGCGAGGACCCAUGCGGCGGUAGUGACACCCACAGGAGGGGCAACACUGUCAGGGAUGAGUGCUACCACAGAGAUGAGUGCUACCACAGAGAUGAGUGCUACCAUGGAGAUGAGUGCUACCGUAGAGACGAAUGCUACCAUACAGAUGAGUGCCACCAUACAGAUGAACGGUGCGCUGAGGGGCAAAUCGAUAACCUCGAGCUGAACCUGUACGACCUUAUUGCGGCCAUCCCCAUACCUCUGUACGCCUCCGCCCAUAGAAACCUGCUCGGCUACUUCUUUGAAAAAGGAGAAGACACCAUUUUGAAGAGGACUCUCUUCUUUCUGUUCCUCCACCUGUAUAGAAAAAUCCCCCAAGUAAUAUCCAUGGAGGUGACAGCAUUUUACAAAAUGUGUCUAUUUAGAAAGUACGAGGGGGGGGCAAAAAGAAAUUUUUUUUCCCUGCUGUUUGGAAGAGGUGGCACUUGGGGGUACAAUCGUGCACAAAAUGGUGACAAAGGGGGUAUAACAAAUUGCGCACAAGUGACAGAAAAAGGAUGCUUCCACCAUUUGCCUCUUAACAUUGCGGGGGAAGAAUACACAAAAUCGAGUGAAACUACGCCAUGUUACCUCCCUGAUGAGGUAACCCCAAUAGAAGACCCCCCUAAGAGUAAUCACAUCUCGAAUGAACCACCCAAACAACAUAUGCCGAACGCUCAAUUUUUUAAGCAAAUACAAGACUCCAACUUUUUGCUCAAUUUGGACUUCAAUAACAGCAUGUCAUGCUUGCUCAACACGACCGAACUUAUUUUUGUGCGAAUUUUUCAAGUUGUACUUUCCUAUGUGGAGAGCUCCUUGGGGGGAUGUAGCUGCAGUGUGGAACUGAAUUGCUACAUGGAAGAAGUGGGUCGACAGAGGAGAGCAUACGGAGGGAAUCACUACGAUGAGGUGGGAGGAAACGCAGUGGAAACAAUCCAAAGUGGGUACUACAGCCAAAGGGGGCACGACAGCCAAAGGGGGCACUACGGACAAAGUGGGCACUGCGGACAAAGUGGGCACUCCAGCCAAAGGGGGCACCCCAGCCAAAGUAGCCGAUACCCGCUAAAUGGGGCAGUCCAAAAACCCAAGGUGAAAAAAGCGUGGAGAGAAAAAUUUUUAUUCCUUUUAAUAUUUAUAAAUGAAUUGGUUCUUUUUCUAAACAAUGAAAGUGACCAAGGUGGUGAUAGCAACCCACUCGUUAAGUACUUCUUCAUCUAUAUGCACUUAAUGUGUGACCCCUGGGGAAUUCCCACCGGAGUGGAGCUUUACUCGAAGACGGUGUUACAGGAAGAGCUAAGGAAGAUCUACGUACUCUUCGCAGAUUUUUAUAUUUUUCUCUAUGUCCAUAAAAAUGUCCGUUUCCCGGACAGGGUGGAGGAUGUAAUAAAGACACACAUCAAGCACAUGAAGAAAAAUUCCUCUGAGAAGUUAUCACGUCCUCCAUUUAGUGAAUCCCAUUUGGUAAGGCUAAUAAAAUUUUUACUUAAUUAUAACAAUUUACUGAAAAGGAUGAUUCACAUGAAUAAAAAUGCAGAUGCCGGAAAUACUCGUCUGCGUGAUUUUGUAACAUAUGUAUCUUUGGCGUCUUCCCCAGCGGGGGAAGAAUCCAGACGGGGGUGCGUAUAUAUGGAGGAAAAAAAAACCCAUCGCCUCACCUCUUACAACAAAAUUGUAAAUUUCGUCGCUACCACUUUGUGCACUGUAAGGAUAAAUAACAAGCUGAUAAAAAGCGUCACCGUCGUUUUUGCCGAUGGAAGCAUAAACACGUAUAUGGUCACCCAAGGGGAGGACGUUCGAAUAGGCCGGUACGUGGCGGACAUGAUGGAUACGGUCGCGUCGGGGAUAAUUGGCGAUGGGGUGGACGGCCAGUACGGAAGUGGUCCCUACGUAGAGGGGUACGAAGACGGCUACUGCGCUACCUGCGCAACAAAAGGGGCCCUGCAUGAAGAUCCGACCGGGUCGCCAUGUGCAAUUUUUCCCCGCGGUAUUGUCCCACUUUCCAUGUCGCUCCCCUCCCCGCUCAACAUCACCUGCCUGUCCAACAUGGUCGGAAUGGUGAAGCGAAGAAAAAACGUCAUGUCCAUUUUGGCCCUGCUCAGUCAACCAGACAAAAAAAAGUUUCACGAAAUUUUUAGCCAAAAAAUGAAUGACCUAGUUAGGAGACGCCACCCAGGAGGAGAGGCCGAAAUGGAUCCACCCACAGGGGAUAGGAAAAUCCCAGUGCACCAAAGGGGGACUAACAAAAGAACAGAAAUUGAAGAGACAACGGAAGAAGGAGAGUCGACUAAACACACCACCCACUUGAUGCAGGAGAAGUCAGCUAGCCAAAAAAGAAACAUAGAAAGGGAACGAAAAAAAAGACAAAGAAAAAUUUAUCUGGAGUUAAAGGAAGAUCACCAAAGUGAAACACAAAAGAUUAAGCAGUACAUACAUUUCCUGAGCAGUAGCAAUAAAGACUAUUUUGAAAAUAGGAAAACAUACACUGAGUCCUUAAUGCUAAAUAGCUUCAUUAAUUUCAUUUUAAAAGUUGGAAAUAGAAAUUUAAUUAAUAUUUUGUAUGACUACAUCAAUCACGAAAUUGUGAAUGUUGAUUUAGGGUUAUCAUUCCAGCAGGGUCUUUAUUUAAUGCAGCCAGAAAUUGUACCCAUAAGAAUUACCGAUAUGUUUUGGAAUGCUUGUAUAUACAACUAUGCGCCUUCUACCUUUAUAUCCCAUUUGUAUCAAGUAUCAUCCAUGUGGAGUAGAAACUACCAAUCGCACUAUAUGAACGAAUUUGACCAGUUUUUCUUCUCUCCCUUUUAUCACAACAGGAGGGAAAAUUACUUCGACAUACUUUAUGCUGUUUAUAUGUGCGGGUUUAGCAGGAGCAGGGGGGACAAACAUAAUUCUUUGAGCCAAACGAGGAGUGCUAUCCAACAUCCAGAGGGAUUCAUUACGUCCCUUCGUUCCAUCGCUACUUCGUUUAACUGCAUAUACCAGAACCACGCUUCGCUGGUUAGCCAGAUGGUGGGAAAAUAUACCCCUAUGUGUUUUUUGCCCCAUUGUAAGGUCACUUCCCGAGGAAGACGGCAUGCGAAAAGAGCUACCCGUUUGAUUAACCAGCAGUUGUACCUUUCCCACUGGAAUAAAGUCAAGACCAGCUUGAGUGGAAGAUCCCAUCUGAUGGAGGAUCUCCUUAUCAUAUGUCAAUUUUUGCACAGUAGUGAUCACCCAUCCAGAAUUGACCAAACGGGGGAGGAACUUAAAGAAGUGCAUCACGAAGAAGCACUUAGUGUGAGCAGCGCACUAAAGGGGACCACCCCGCAGGAGGAACUUAAAACAGCUGCGCUGAGCGAGUAUGAUCACCAACGUAGGACCUUAAACGGGAUACAUGAUCCGAACGGAGAGGCAGUUACACACCCAAGGGGGGACGAAGAAGAAAUAACGAAAACGGAUAACCCCAAAUGUUGUGUCAGAAGAAUAUUCAAGGAAACCCCCGUAUACUAUUUAAUCAAACUGGAAAGGAUCCUCGGAAGGGGAGAACCCUACGGGGGUAGCCUUUCCAAAGUGGAGAAGUAUACAAAGAGGCUAUUCACAAUAAGGGAAAAAAUGAACGCAGUGCGUAGGGUGUGUAGAAAGAAGUACCACCACCCCUUGAAGGAAUUCUUCGCAGAGGUUUUAAAAAUCCAUUAUGGGAAUCCUUUCUUGGAAAAUAAAAACAAACACAUUGCUCGGGUUGUACAAAUGUUAAGCGAUUAUUUUACCUUCCUAGAUAGUUGCAUGAGGAGAGACGACAAAGAUGAAUAUGCCAAUUGUGUACACGUCCUGUCGUUUGUCUUCUCCACCCUCCACAUCGAUUUGAAAAAUUUAAUGGGAAUGUAUAGCACGUGUUGGCAAAAAAAUAUUGGCCAACAUUUUUUUGCGCAGAAAAAAUUCUUCUUCCCCAUGGUGGGAAGGACCCACUUGGCCAGGGUCAUCAUGAACGUCAUCUCCUACGUAAGUCGUUGGAAAAGGAACGUAUCAUGGGGGUACUACUCCGGUGAGGAAGCCCCUUGGAUUGGAAAAUACACAUCAAGUACACAAGGGGAGAAAAAAGUCCCAGUCAAUACCUUCAGCAGAAGGGAAGAACAACUCACCCAAAUUAAGAACCAUCUAAUGGACAUCAACUGGCAUCUGCAAAAUUUAAAAAAGAUCUACAACAGGGUUAAGAAAAAAUAUGCACAUAUCCUCAAAGGAAUUAUUUCCUACUCUGCUCUGUUCAUAAUUCUGUACCUUAAAAGGGAAAGUAACAUAGACAUGAGGGAGAAGGAGAAGAUAUUUUACAUUUACUGCAGGGGAUUAAAAAUCAAGAGUGACGAUGUUGUGUACGAACGGUUGAAGGACCCCUACGUAGAGGAGGAAGCGUACGUUUACUUCCAGGCGUUCAAAUUUUGCACUAUAUUUUGCCCCCCCUCUAAUUUCCGCACGGAGAGGAAACGGCGCAAUUGGCACACCCCGCAGGAAAGAAAUGCGUCCAACUAUACAGACUUCUUAAUCUACAUUUUGAGAAAAAAUAAUAUGAAGAGGGAAAUUAUGAAGCAAAUAAAUCACCUGCACAAGUACCUAAACAUUGUGUGCAUGGGUACUCCCCACGUGGAUACAGAGAAGAAAAAAAAAUUUAAUGCCAAGCAGGCAUACGACAAAGUGAUAAAGAUGUACCAGUUUUACGAAAUAAAUCCCUACGAAAGGGAAAAAAUAACGCUCAAUAUUUAUAAAAAUAAAAAACUCUACUUUUACAAACCUUUUUACAUGUCCAAGCAUUUUUUAUUGGACAAAAAUGAAGUACCUUUUUUUGCAAAUGAACAUUCGGAUGAUGGAGUAGACCAUAAUGAAAAGGAAAAAAUUGAAAAAUUUCUGAAACGACUUUUAAGUCGAAGCGGGCGACGUACAUUCUGUCCAAAAAAAAGGUUAACAAAUUGGAGGGCAGAAAUUACAAAGUGGAAGAGCAACAAAUUUUUAAGUUCAAAUUAUUUAUGGCGGAAAAAAAGCAUAAACAAAUUAAAACCUUUUGGUAAGUUCCUAGGGGUACACAAAUUACACUACGAAAUAGACCCUCAAAAAAUACACUAUAACGAAUUGAACAAUUUUCGCUAUAUGACAGAUUUGCACACGAACAAUGACGUUCACCAUUUUAAUCCCCCAAAUUACUAUGAUGGGGAUGACUCUUCCGAUGUGCUGUUGGCUGCGAAGAGCGUCCUCUCGUCUUUUUGCUUCGUACGGAGGGACUUGGCCAGGCACUUCAAGCGUGCGAAGCGGAUGGCCCGCAGCAGAAGGCGCGGCCAUUCCCCCAGCGCGGAUUAUGCCCAUGUGCUAGAUAAGAAGGGGCUCUUUCACCGCAUUUUCUAUGUGUCCAGAUCGGCAAAGUAUUUGUCGCAGCUGUACCCGGGCUGGGCCCCCUGGCUGUAG